AUGCCAGUAGCUUCAGUGACGACCAGCGCAGCUGGUUCGUUAACCCUUCUGGAAGAUGAAGACAAAGAUAUUCGUGUAUACGCCUUGAAUCACUUGUUGAAUAUCGUAGGGCAGUUCUGGGCAGAGAUGAGUGAUAAGCUGUCAUACCUCGAACUACUCGCCGAUCCAAUGUCCAAAGAAUUACCCUCUGAAUCACGUCCGCAAGCUGCACUGUUGAUUUCAAAGAUAUACUACUAUAUGGGAUACCUAGAUGAAGCUGUGGAAUUCGCUUUGAAAGCUGGUGGAGCGUUUGAGAAGGAGAAAGAAGGGGAAUUCAGAGAGACUAUCAUCUCCGGAUGCCUUGAUCGAGCUAUCGAACAAACUUCUCGAGGAGAGAAGAUCGAUACUGCUUUGAGCAAUAUCGUUGAUAGUGUUUUGAGAAGUACCUCGGGUGAAAAUGGUAAACUCGCCAUGGGUUUAGCACUGUCUCUCCGCCGACUCGACCUGGUAGAAAUGAUUUACCUCACCUCACGCGCCAACUCUUCCUCUCAACCUUCCACCUCCUCCAAACCUCAGUCAUCCAGACCUACCCACGAUGAAAGUCUUCUGAGAUAUGUCCUUUCGGAAGUAGUAUCAGGUGCCACCGGCAAUGAAGGAUGGUCAGAGGAGUUCAGGUCUAAUCUCUUCAAUCUCCUACUUCGAUUAUUCCACCACAACCCCCAACCUGACUGGAACUCCAUCACGACCAUCUGGGCUCAAAACUCCGAUGUUGAAUCAUGCGGCGAAUCAUUGAUCAAGUUGAUAAAUGAACAGAAUCAUCUGGACGCUUAUCAAAUAGCUUUCGAUCUGAACGAAGUUGCCCCUCAAGCUUUCAUUGAUGGUACGAGAAGUAAAUUGGCUGAAAAAGGUUUGGCGCCUCCCGCUGAGAACCCAGAUGAAAGCGAUCCAAAAGUCAUCUUAGAUAAUAUUCUCAAAGGAGUCACCUCGGCGGAACUGUUUUUGAACUUCUUGAACAAGAAUAACAAGACUGAUAUGUCGAUAUUGAAAGUUACCAAGGAAACUCUCGAAGAUCGAUAUUCAAUCUAUCACUCCGCCAUAACAUUCACCAACGCCUUUGCAAACUGCGGUACCACCUCUGACAAAUUCCUCAGGGAGAACCUAGAUUAUCUCGGAAGAGCUUCCAACUGGGCCAAAUUCUCAACUACCGCCGCAUUGGGCUUAAUACACCGUGGAUCAUGGAUAAAUGGUUUGAAAGUGGUCAAACCCUAUUUACCCGGUGGAUCAGCUCCCAACAAGUUCUCAGAAGGUGGUUCGCUCUUCGCUCUUGGCUUGAUAUAUAAUGGCAGAAAGGAGUUGGCAGAAGAUGAAUUGAAGAAGAACUUGAAUGAGAAUGUCGAUCCGAUCAUACAGCAUGGUGCGGCGUUAGGGUUGGGUGUCAGUGCGAUCGCUACUGCUGAUGAGGAUAUCUACGAGCAAAUUCGAACGAUCCUAUUCAGCGAUAAUGCCACUGCAGGAGAAGCUGCAGGUUAUGCCAUGGGAUUAGUCAUGCUCGGUACAGCUUCUGAGAAAGCCCUGGAUGAGAUGUUAUCGUAUGCCAGGGAAACUCAACACGAAAAAAUCAUUAGAAGUUUGGCUAUGGGUAUUGCCUUUGUGAUGUACAAUCAGAGAGAAAAAGCGGAUGGUAUCAUUCAGACUUUAACUGAGGAGAAGGACGCAAUCCUCCGAUACGGUGGAAUGUUCACCAUUGCCCUCGCCUACGCUGGUACAAGUAGCAAUAAAGCCGUGAAGAAACUCUUGCACGUCGCUGUAUCCGAUGUCAACGACGAUGUGCGACGAGCUGCGGUCACCGCACUCGGUUUCGUCCUAUUCCGAAAUCAUACUCAGGUACCUCGAGUUGUCCAACUCCUCGCAGAAAGUUAUAACCCUCAUGUCAGACACGGUGCCACUUUGGCUUUGGGUAUUUCUUGUGCAGGUACAGGAUUGGAGACUGCCAUCGAAUUGCUGGAACCUAUGACAAAAGAUCCAGUAGACUUCGUUCGUCAAGGGGCUUAUCUAUCCCUAGCGAUGAUCUUGAUUCAACAAUCCGAAGCUUCAUCACCUAAAUCAGCAUCGAUUCGAGCCCUUUUCGCUAAAGUCGUUUCUGACAAACAUGAAGAUCCCAUGGCCCGAUUCGGUGCCUCUUUAGCUCAAGGUAUAAUCGAUGCCGGAGGACGUAAUAUGACUUUGGCCUUGUCUACUCGAGCAGGAACCCUGAACAUGAAUGCGAUUGUCGGACUGACGUUAUUCACUCAAUUCUGGUAUUGGUUCCCCCUAGCCCACGGAUUAGGGUUAGCUUUCACCCCUACUGCUUUAAUUGCUGUGAACGAAGAUGUCAAAUUGCCCAAAAUCGACUUGACAUGUAAUGCCAAAGCAUCCUUGUUUGCCUAUCCCUCGACGGAGAAAAAGCAGGAAGAGAAGAAGAAGGAUAAAGCGAAGACUGCUGUUUUGUCGACUACGGCGAAGGCGAAAGCUAGGGACAGAGCUAAGAAGCAGGAGGCAGGGGAAGCUAUGGAUACGGACGAUAAACCGGAAGCUACCACUACCGACAAGCCAUCAUCAACUCCCACACAGAAGAAGAAACCUUCCGAACCUAGCUCUUUCACCUUAUCUAACAUGUCAAGAGUGAUUCCCACUCAAUUACAGUAUAUCUCUUUCCCACCUGAGGGGAGGUACAUACCUGUCAGACCUAGUGGAAGUGGAAGUGGAAAUAUCGUCGUGGUACGAGAUACCAAACCUGAUGAAGCGACGAGUGAAGAUGGGUUUAUAGAGUUGGAUAAGAGUUUAUGGCCUGGAUGGGGUAAUGGCAAUGGACAGUCUAAUGCGGCUGAACAAGUACAAGAGCAGAACGCGGCAGCUGGUGGAGCUGGUGGAAUAACUGCCGGGCAAGGCGUAGAGGAAGAGGAUGAGGAUGUGGAACCUCCUCAACCGUUUGAAUAUCCUUUUGAGGAUUAG